AUGCUUCACGGUAACCUUCGAAUUCCGGCCCCAAUUAUAACUGAACUAUAUUUUAAGCCUUCCUCCAUCGCCCCUCCCAAGUUACCAGUGACGCUGGCUACGGAUUCCGAGCGCUGGAAGAUGGGUUUCUUAUUUCUUUUCACCAUUCUGACAUUUUCUCCCCUGAUCGAAGCUAAAUGUUUCAAUCCCGACCGGACUAUCGCAUCUAGUGCUGUGCCCUGUAAUAGCAAUAGUGCUACCUUUUGCUGUGCAUCAGACGCAAUCUGUCUCAGCACUGGGUACUGCCUCAGUGCGAUAACGCAGCCAUUUACGCUAUAUCGUGGCUCCUGCACGGAUUCUGGCUGGGGAAGCUUCUGCGCUUACUACUGCGUCAACUACGAUACUGGCUCUAACGCCCCAAUUGUUAGCGUGGGACUAAAUAAUGACAGCCGCGCGAUAUACUGCUGCGGUUACCAAGGCGAACAUAACAACGGCACUAAAUGCUCGAACGGGGACACUCCCUUUAUCCUUGACGAUGGGGAGAUGAUCUUCGGUCGAGCGGCGCUAGUUAAUGUUACGACCAACCGGCCCGAUCCGUCCACGACAGGAACCGCCAAUACCACGUGCGGAAACGACGAACGUUCUUCCUCGCAGAAUAAGAACAUAACGCUCGGGUUAGGCGUCGGUGUCCCCCUGGGCGUUGUCGCGCUCUGUGCGGUUGCUUGGGCUCUCAUUGAGCGACGAAGAACUAGAAGGCACCAACCGACAAUUCCAGGGUUCGCGCAGGUGACUGGACAGGUUUAUGUUCCUCCACGGCGAAAGUCUGGGCCGACAGAAUUAGAUCAGCCAAGCAGCACAACCUCGGAUACUCUAAUUCAAGGGUCUCCUCUUGUGGAGAUCAUGGGCUCUGAAUCUCACCGUCAUUGA